GCAUGGUUUAUCAAGUUUUAUCAGCGCCUGUCUUGGGAACGGUUUCUGAAUCUUCUUUGAUUUAUAUGUACCAUUCGUACUAUCGUUUAUAAUAAUUCUGUUAUAUCAUAAAACCAUUUUAUUGUGAUCACAUUUGUAUAUAAAUUAUUGUUUGGUUUUGUUGGCGUCGUACUAACCUGUCAAAGUACACUAAAUACACUUUCUUCACACAAUUGUAUUUUUCAAACCGAUUUGAACGUUUAUAUUCACACGUAUUUUUAUACAAAGUGAUGUCACAAAUGUAUAUGUAUAUACAGAUCUUUCUAAAAGGUACUUAUAAUGUAUUUUCACAAAUAUAUUACACACCAAAGAGGAAAUAAUUUCUUUGCAACACGACAUGUCUGAUCAGACGUUGACCUCUUCUACUGAUUCCUAAACAGCACCAAUGGAGUUUAGCAAAAUGUGUUUGAACCUUAUCAAUGACAAGUUCUCGAGGACUGGAAGCACCAUACGCGGUGAUGGUGUACGUCCACGGUGAAAGUUUCGAAUGGGGAACUGGGAACAUCUACGAUGGGUCAGUUUUAGCUAGUGCUGGCCACGUGAUAGUGAUCACACUUAACUAUCGUCUGGGAAUCUUAGGCUUCCUGAGAACUCGUCCGUAUCCGGACAGAACGCCAGGAUCCGGUGGAAACCUGGCGUUGAAGGAUAUUGCCAUGGGACUACGUUGGGUACGCGAAAAUAUCGCUGCUUUCGGAGGAGACCCAACGAAAAUCACGUUGAUUGGCCACGAUACCGGAGCUGCUUUGGUGAAUUUGCUGCUACUCGCUCCUUAUGGUAAAGGUCUGUUCCACAGGGUGGUAUUAUCAAGUGGGUCAGCGUUAAGCCCAUGGGCGUCUGUUCACGAUCCAAACGACCUACGUCUUAAAGUAGCUGAGCAAAUAGGUUGUUCCACGGAAAACGACGAAGAUAUUGCCGACUGUCUACGCGGUACUCCCCUUCGCCAGCUGAUGGGGGUUGAACUGCCGGAAAUCCGAUUCGUGCCUCGCAUCGGACCCGGCUUGCCAGUGGACCAAAAUAAUCCCGAUCCGGGCCUGGACAUGGAGAGAAUCAGCGACACGUUCAUCAAGGUGCCUCUGAUACUCGGCGUAUCCAGCACCGAGUCGAAUCUCGAUUUCAACGCGAACGAUAUACAAUACGGCUUCGAGGAAGAUCAUCGGAAUCGCGUGCUUCGCACGUUCAUCAGGAACGCGUACGUUUAUCAUCUGAACGAAAUCUUCUCGGCGGUGAGGAACGAGUACACGGACUGGGACAAGCCGGUCCUUCAUCCCAUCAUCAUUAGGGACUCGACCAUGGAGGCGUUGAGUGACGGACACACGGUGGCACCGCUCAUGAGAAUAGCCUUUUAUCACGCCAGGAGAGGUGCCAAGACUUACUUCUAUCACUUCAGCCAUCAGAACAAGAACAGCGGAUAUAUGGAGCGCCUCGGCAGCAUACGGGGAGAGGACAUACCUUACAUCUUCGGUUUGCCGCUGGUAGCCGGAGGACUUUUCUUCCCUCGAAACUACUCCCGCCAGGAUCAAGGGGUCGCCGAGGCGGUUCUCACGUUCUUCACGAACUUCGCGAAAACAGGCAAUCCGAACGAACCGCACAAAAUCGAAUCGGUGGAUUACGGAACGCCGAAGGAGAAAACUCGAUACCGUGGACUCACUUGGGAACAAUACGAAACCGGUACUCAACAGUACCUGACAAUCGCUAUGAAACCGAAAAUGAAGAGCCACUAUCGUGGUCACAAGAUGGCCGUUUGGUUAAAUCUGAUACCUCAACUCCAUCGUCCUGGGGACGAUGACGUUUCCAUGCGGCACCAUCAUUUCCGAGAAAGGGGUGAUCACUUCUACGCAGGACCUGUUCGAGACGAGUGGUACACCCCUCUGCCGCUGGUAGGGACGACGAAAAGCAGCGCCUCCUCGACGACUGCGUGCAGCACUUCGACAGGGGACGACUCCGUUGCCGAGGACAUCACUCCCAUCCUGGACGACUCGGAGGACGACGCGGAACUCUUGCAAAGACUGACCUCCCGACAUUAUUACAGCACCACCACUGCCCUAGCCAUCACCGUAGGUGUCGGUUGUAUUCUCCUAGUACUGAACAUGUUGAUAUUCGCGGGGAUUUACUACCAAAGAGACCGGGAUAAGAAGAGAGCAGCGAUGGACUGCACCCCCAAUGGCCAAGAAUCCUUACCAAUGACCACCAGAUCGUCGAUCAAGGCUCCUGACAGUCCCAGAUCGACCCAAGAACCUCCUCCGUCGUACACUACCCUGGCUAGGAGUCCUUCUAUCCAGGAACAUCAACAGAUUUCUCAGAAUCAAUCCGCCGACCCGGAUGAACAAUCGAUAUGUGAACAGAAAGGUAGCCACGCGACCAGCAACACCAUCCACAAGGACCCAAUACCCCCGAAACCACCCACAAGGACUACCAGCUCUCUUAGCACUACAGGCAGUACCAACACCAUCAAGAAACGGGUGCAAAUUCAGGAGAUAUCCGUAUAGCAUUAGGGGUUGCCCCUAGAGGGCAACACGAGGACGAAGAAGGUGACUUUCGUGGACCUUGAAGCCACGGUAGAGUCGAAAUUUUGAGACUUUGGUAAGGAUGUACAAUGAAGGAUACCUUGGCUGGAUUUAUGCUUGAGGAACAUCAAUAGAUAAUGGAACUCUAGAUCUUCUUUUCACGAAGAGGCUGAGGUAGAAUGGUGGACCUGUUGAAAUUUAAAGGACAGUUAGAUUAUUACUGUGGAUGUAUUAAGAAGACAUUUUGAUGUUUAUUGGAAAACUGAUUACUAUGGUGCUGAAAUUUAAAUAAACAGCUGUAACUGCCUCGUCGGAACGUUCUGAAAAGAUUGGAGGUGCUACUCGGUCUUGAAAUGUUGUGGCUACGCGUCUUUUCAGGUGUCGCGUGUUUUCUUUCCUGAAACGCUUAAGUCGAGACUAUGAGAAACUGUAUUAAUUAAUUCGCAGAGGACAUUAUAGAAGUGCCCUGAUCGAUAUUCUCUUCGAAGUAUAACUUUUGAAAAAUGAUAAUUCGAAAGAGAUGAAAUCCAAGAUGGUAGCGAUGGUCGCAGGCGUAGACUAACUUCCGGUAUAAUCGACGCUAGGCACACGAAUGAUUCCUACUUCCUUUAAUACGCGAAAACUUCGAGGUCUUUUCUAUCCCAAUUAUUGAAAGUUGUGCACAGAUUCGCACGGAUAAUCAAUUAGUUAAGGUCUGUGUAAAGCGAUUCAUAGAUUUUCGAGAGAAUCCGUAAGGUGACGAUGAUUCUUCCGAUCUACUUUGUAGUGACGAUCAGCGUGAUCCUUUGAAACGAAAGGCAAAAUUUAAAUAUAAAUCGGUGUGUUAAUUAAUACGUCUGAUUGUUUAAUAGUUGCUUACCAUUGUUAUCAAUUGAAUUUAUUUUAACUAGGAACUUCUUUAAGUAAAUUUUGUAUAAUUCAUACAAACUACCCCUUAAGUUGCCAAAUUAUUCAAAACCUCGUCAAUUUUGUAUCAUCUCGUCAUCUCGAUGUCAUUGUUCAUUAACAAAAUUAUGAAAAAAAAAAAUUAUAUAUAUUUAUGCACCCGAUAUCGAUUAGACCAGCGCGUGUUCACACGAAACUUUCCACAAGUGUUUCGUUCGUAAUUAAAAUUAAAAUCGACACGAAUGAUGCAUAGAAUUAAAUAAUUAAUUAAUGUUCGAACUUCAACUAAACUCGUGCAACAAUUGUGGAAGGUAGAGAAAACUCUGGUCGCAAUGUGUGCUCAAAAAAACGUAAUCAUAAAGUGGAACAGAAUUUCCUUCGAACUAAAUAAUGCCUAGAUUUCCUCUUCGACCAAGUAAUCUAAAGCCAGAUUCUGCUCACGCUUACACGAAUAUCAUUCGUCUUUGUAGGAUUUUUUCAAGGUAAUUCUAACAGAAAUGAAUUGAGCGAUAAUAAUCUGGAUUUGUGAAGCUCAACGUAUAUGAUACCAUUGAACAAAAUCAGCAAGGAUAUUUAAUUAAUUUUUUUCAUUCCUCAGGAUGUACGAAAUACUGCGAAAGAAUUGAUCUUUUUCCUUCAUUUUCAAAAUUGAUCAUUUACAACUAUCGUGCGCAUUGUCUGAGGCACAUGAAAUAAUGAAAACGUAACAUUGUACUUUAGGUACGUUAAAAAAAAAAAAGAAUUGAAGUAUAAUGGAUGUGAGUGGUUCAAAUCGCCAACACAUUGUGAUUGUCCGUUAAAUGUAUGAACGGGAUUGUGGAGCACAUAACAGUGAAAUUUGAGUAGUAAAUUAGUUGAACUACCUUUAUAAGUUUUACUGUAAACCAAUAAAAUGCUGAUUUCUAAAUA